AUGCCAAGAUGGUACAUGCUUUUGCUAAGAUGCUUUGGCUGUGCCGUGAUUGAGGAUACCUGGCACUAUUUCCUGCACAGACUCUUACAUCACAAAAGAAUAUAUAAAUAUAUUCAUAAAAUUCAUCAUGAGUUUGAGGCUCCGUUUGGAAUGGAGGCUGAAUACGCACAUCCCUUGGAUCUCUUAAUUCUUGAAACUGGAUUUGUUCUUGCAUUCGUGCUUUUAUGUGAUCAUGCAGUUUUUCUAUGGGUAUGGCUGACCUUUCGUUUGAUAGGAGCUAUUGAUGUCCAUAGUGGUUAUGAUAUUCCUUUCAACCCUUUAAACCUCAUCCCUUUCUACGCUGGCUCACGGCAUCAUGAUUUCCACCACAUGAACUUCACUGGAAACUAUGCUUCGACUUUUACAUGGUGGGAUAGAAUUUUUGGAACAGACUCUCAGUUUAAUGCCUACACUGAAAAGAUGAAGAAAUUGGAAAAAAAGACGGAAUAAACCUCUCCUGUAAACUCACUUGAAGAUACACAUUUUCCUAAGUUGAAACUAGUUGCUUCGGGGAGCAAAAAUAAGCAUGUGUCUUGGGUUCUAUGUGAUUAAAAAACCCCAAUCUGUUGCUGUCGAGUUGAUUCUGACUCUUAGUGUCCCUGAAGACAGAGUAGAACUGCCCCAUAGGGUUUCAAGGAGUAGUUGGCGGGUUCGAACUGCCGACCUUUUGGUUAGCAGCAAA